GCUGGGGCGGGGCGGGAGCGGCGGUGCCGCCCUCCCUCCAUCCCUCCCCGUGCCGGCUCCUCGCCGCCGUCCCGCGGAGCCUUCCGCCCUCCUGCAGCCGCCCGGGAUGGUUGUGAGGAGCGGCGGGCGGGAGCUGCGUGCUGCGCUGGGGCGGCGGCACAUGGCGGGCGGGCGCUGAGGGAGGCGCGUCCCGGUGCGGGCUCCCGCCCGCCGGCAGCGGGGCUGAGGACUGUGCCGGCGGCCGGGGAAGGAGGGGUCGAGCCCCGGUCCCGGGCAUGGCGGAGACCCUGAGCCCCUGCAGCCCACGGGGCCAGUGCCAGCCCGGCAUGGGCGCCAACGCCUCGUCCGCCAACAUGGACACCAACGCCUCCUCCUCGGCCGCCCCCGCGCUGAUGGGCGGCAGCGCGUGGAGGGGCCGGGAGCCCUUCUCCAUCUUCACCGUCCUCAUCCUGACCCUGCUGGUGCUCCUGACCGUGGCCACCUUCCUCUGGAACCUGCUGGUGCUGGCGACCAUCCUGCGGGUGAAGGCCUUUCACCGGGUGCCCCACAACCUCGUGGCAUCCACGGCGGUGUCGGACGCGCUGGUGGCGGCGCUGGUGAUGCCGCUGAGCCUGGUGAAGGAGCUUUCGGCCGGGCGGCGGUGGCGGCUGGGCCGGGAGCUGUGCCUCGUGUGGGUCAGCUUCGACGUGCUGUGCUGCACCGCCAGCAUUUGGAACGUGACGGCCAUCGCCCUGGACCGCUACUGGUCCAUCACCCGCCACCUGCAGUACACGCUGCUCACCCGCCGCCGCAUCUCCAACGUGAUGAUCGCGCUCACCUGGGUGCUCUCAGCCGCCAUCUCCCUCGCCCCCCUCUUCGGCUGGGGCGAGACCUACAGCCCUGAGCAGGAGCGCUGCCAGGUCAGCCAGGACCCCUCCUACACCAUCGUCUCCACCGGCGGGGCUUUCUACCUGCCCCUCUGCGUGGUGCUGUUCGUCUACUGGAAGAUCUACAAGGCGUCCAAGUUCCAUAUGGGGGGCCGCAGGAGGAACGCCGUGGUGCCCCUGCCCGAGGCUGCCCAGACCCUGGAGGUGCAGGACAAACACACAGAUUACCUGCCACGAAGGACCAGUAAUAGCAAUCAUUAAAGCUAUAAGGAACAUUUUAAAUCAAGGGAUUUUGUCAGAAGCUCCUUGGUAACAUGUUUUCUAUGACACUGCUAGGAACAUAGGAAUUGGGAACAUACAGUUCUUGGAGCAUGUAGCCAUUUAGUAGUAGUGAUUCACUGGGUACAGACAAACAAGUGAAGGGGCAUUGAACUAUAACUGCUGAUCAAUGUACAGAAGAAUAAAUUCUGAAACUAAAACCAAACUUCUUUGUGUCUGUAGAAGAAUCUGUAUUUGAGAUCUCAUUUCCUUCAUUUAGUCCAUUAUUCUCCCUGGAAAGCAAUCAUCUCUGCAUUUCUCAGAGCCUGUUGUCCUGGAAAUAACAGAUUUCAUGAAUGCAGAACCUAAUUCUGGCCUCAGAGUAGCAGUCCCUUCAUACCACCUAUUUCCCCACUGCUCCUUACUCGUAGAUCCUGGAGCAGUGCCUGGGCAGAUGGAAGGAAGUCUGUGCCCAAGGCAUAGUGUGCUGCUGAACACUGAGUGAGAACAGUGUUCAACACUGCAGAGAUGUUCCCAGAUGAGAGGUGUCCCUGCUAUAACCCAAGCUUUAAUUUACAGGCUCUCACCACCUUUUCCACUGUCACAACCUGCUCAUCAGCAGGCCUAAAACGAGUUUGUCCCUCAUUUCACGUGGUGCAGGGAUAAUGGUCAGGUAUUGUGGCUUAUGUUAGAAAUUGGAGUCAUGCAAAGCCUCCAGGAUUGGCACUGAGAACUGCAGAUGUGGUAUAGCCAGAGCUGUGUUUAGUUCAAGUAAAUCACAACUGGCAGGGCUGGGAAGCAACCACAUAAUCUUUUGACCUGUGUUCUUGUUCAGACAAAGCCAAAUUGAAGUGGAUUACCCUAUGCCUGCAUAAGGGAGGGAAUCCUUCAGCACGGCUCCCCUGCCAGCACUGUGCACCCCAACAGGGCUUGCCUGCAGCAGGCUAAUUUACCUUCCAUGGACUUUGCGUGGGUUGCCUUAUAGAAAAUGUCUGUAACAACAUGAUCUUGGGGGCUGAUAGCAGAAGCAAAGAUAAUCUUACACCAACCAGGCCAGUGAGAUGAGUCAGGUCUGCAGCAAAUCAUAUAGAGAGCAAUAAAAAUAAAAUUAAAAAAAAAAUAAAAAAAUGAAGUGAUAAUGAAAGGUUGGACUUCCCCAGCUUUGCUCUCUGCACUGAUACAUAUUUUCUGAUGUGAAUGGCACUUCUGAUUAAGUCUGUGUUUAACCUUAAAAGCCUAUUGGGCUCAUUCCCUGAGGAAUGAGCCCCCACAGGAGAGAUGAGGUGCUGGAGUUCCUGUGGGAGGUGUGGAUGGUGACCGGGCAGGGAGGGAGCACUGGUGCCUUUCCAGGGCUUUGAGCACAGGAGUGCUGAGCACGGGGCCUUGCUAGAAACCCUCUGUAAAUUUGGGCCCCUUUGCGGUGGUAGAAGCCAGGAGCACCUUGGCCAGGUCUGCCAAGUGCAGCGUUCCUGCCAGAGGCUGGCCCUUGGAGCAGUGCCCUGUGCUGGGAAUACCUGGGAGGCAGGUGGGGUGGAGGCUUCUACACAGCUCCCAGCUUGUCUGUUGAAGGCAUAGACUGAAAGACCUCGCUGAGCAAGAAUACUAGUUAACCUUUUCAAGAACAUUUUGUGUAUCCUUUUCAAAGGAUUUCUUAUGGAGAAUUGAAGCAAAAUAUCUCCAAUCUGCCACACUGUUACUUAAUGGAAGGUUCCAUGAGAGAUGCCAUUAUUUUUCUUAAAGGACCUGACUACUAUUUUCUCUGUUAUUAUUAUUAUUACUGUUAAUACAACAUUAUUCAGAAGUCUCAGGCAAAACUAGUCAAAAAACAAAUGAAAAAAGAGCUGUGACAACAGAGAAAGUAGAAAUUACUUAGGAAGAUAACUACUGUCCUGUAAUUUAUAAAACAUAUCAUGAUCUAUUUUCACUUGCUGUUUAGUAUUCAGAGGCUGGAUCGAACAACCAGUGAAGUUUGUAAAAGCUCCUUUGACUUCAGUAGGAACUUGACCAGGCAGUAAAUGCUGGCUUCAUUAGGGAAAACACCUGAGGACUGUGAUAUUUUCUAUCAAAAUAAAUAAAUUUUUUCUUAAGAUACGUAAUUAAGUGAUGAAAGGGCUGCUGCUACUAAAUUCUGCAAUUGAGUCAUAAGCCUUUUAAAACCUGAAGUAGCAAAAAGGCUCUGAUUUGAUGAUGGCACACUGCAAGCUCUAUCUUUUGAGCAAGAAUUGAAGGUUAAGCAUAGUACCAAACUGUGCCCAAUGCUAGUGAUGAAGUCCUUUGUAUGGCUCUUCCCAAGAGGCACACUUAUGUAACUAUUCCUCAGGGCUGAGACAUAAUCUUUCAGGGUUGCUUGUCACAAAUUUGUCCUCGUGUCAUACAUUCAUCCCCUUUUGCAGAGUGUGAUUAAGGAUGUGCAGAGCAAGUCCUGCAGACAAAUGGUGUGAUCCUUGCUACAUGAGAGGUGUCCCAUUUUAAUUGUCAGAACAGAUGUGAUUUUCAUUUUCCUCCAUUAUUUGCCUACGCCCAUAAUCUGCUGCUCUUACAUUCUGCAGCCAUGUCUCGUGUCUGGGGGUGCAGACAGGGAUAUCCAUCUUGAAGAGUGAUUGUUUAGCCAUUGCCAGUGCUUCCCUCUCUGGGUUGCCAUGCUCAUAUUAAGUAGAGGCCCUCCAUCUGUUAUAAAGCUUGCGCAAAGGUGGCACAUGCACGUGGAAUACGUAGCUAAUUUAACAAGAAGCCACCUUUGGAGUGGUGUCGAAGUCUUGCAGUGCCUGUGGAUUAUCACUUAGGCAAAUUUUAGAGCCUCAGGUCACAUCCUUAAACUGUUUCUUUUAUGGCACUGUCCUCAUAACUGUAGUGCCUAGAAAAACUUUAAUAUUGCAGAUACUUUAAUCUUCAGAUUAAAAUCACAGGAGAGUGUCUUUUUCUGGUUAGACUCUAAGCACAUUAAUAACUCGUGCCCAGAACCUGUUUGCCACAUCUCACUGCACAGAUGACUCUCCCAUAGACAGACAAGCAGACAAGAAGUGGUGUCGGCAACCUGGAGUAGCUGAAAUGUACUCCUCUCUUGUGGAACUUCUGCUGAAGCCAGUUUGAAGUGCAGGCCAGCUGAAAUGGUGUUUUUCUCGCAGUGGAGUAUUUUUUGAGAGAAUACAGAAUCACAGAAUGGUUGGGGUUGGAAUGGACCUCUGGAGAUCAUGUAGCCCAACCCUUCUGCUACAGCAGUUCAUCUAGAGCAGGUCUAAAGGACCCUGAAGGUCAUGUACAGCAUGAGUCUAGUGUAGGGAUAGGCAGAAGGUGCAUGCCUUUGUUAGCCUGCCUUAACAACCUGAUUUCCCACUAGGUAUCAAGGCAUCCAAUAAAAUGAACUGAAAAAGAAUCCCACAACACACAUGGCAUCAGUUACUUUUUAUUUAGCUUCAUUUGUCAGUCACACUUGGCAGCUUUUCCAACGUAAUGAGAAGUCUGGUAACUUUGGCACUCAGGGGCAUUUUCUUUCUUUUAACAUGGAAGGAAUGAAGUUGAGGCCUUUUGUGGUAGGUGCACAGAUGUUGUGCUGUCACUUAGAAAUAAUACUUCACUCAAAAAACUGUCUUGGUAAGAAACCAUGUUUGCUU